CUCCUCGCGUGUCCCCCCGCGGGCGGCGGGCCGGGGAGGGGCGUCAGCGGGGGCAGCCCCCGGCCAUUGAUAACCCCCCUGCCCGGCCCCGCCGCCGCAGAGCGCCGCGCACGCCUGUCCCCGGGCACCUCCACCAACCCCACAGCGCACCGGCGCGGAGGAUGCGGCGGGUCGGCGGGCCCCGUGCCGGAACGCUCCGUCGCUGAGGCACCGGAGGAGGCUCCCACGGCGCCGAGGAGAUGAGGCUGCCCCUGGUCUUGCUGGCCCUGGCUGCCCUAGGGGCUGUCGCCGCCGCGACGGGGCGAGAGGCCAAGGAGGCGGUGCAAGCGGGGCGCUUCUCCACGCCGGAGCAGCACCGAUGCAGCUGGGAGCUGCGCUCGGAGGCGGGGGCCAGCGAGCUUCGGCUGAGCUGCCGGCCGCCGGCGGGCGGUGGGGCGGCGCGGAGCUGCGCGUACCGCGGAGAGCCGCGGCGCUGCCCCGCAUACGACGCCCGCAGCCGCCAGUACUGGCGGCAGAUCCUGGGCAAGCUGCGGCGGCGGCGGCACCCCUGCGCCCAGGGCGGCCCGCUCAGCGCCCGCCUGUGCGGCCCGGGCCGGGCGCCGCCCGAGGCGCAGCUCCGCCUGCUGCCCGCCCCUGGGCCCUCCCCGACGGCCGCCGCCCCGGGGCCCACGGGAGACCCAGCGGAGACCUACUGCGCCGAGCGCUGGCACUCGCUGUGCAGCUUCUUCGUCGGCUUCUUCGAGGGCUGAGCCGCUGAGAAGGAGCGCGGCUGCCUGUCCGCGGGCCAAGAAUUGCUCUGUCCGGCUGGCGGCCACGGUCCACCCUCCCAGCCUUGCCUGUCCUCACCUGCCUGCCACGGGUGUCCCUCGACUUUGUCAGCUUUCCUCUUUCCUCUCCAAUAAAGUGCCAACUAUUUUA